AUGAAUAAUCCCAGUUCUUCAAAAAGUACUUUUGAGACUGUAGAUCUCCAAGACCAAUUUGCCAUCAUCCAGACAGUACCCCAAGACAUAGAUGAAUCUCAAUCCUCUAAAACAACAGAAACCUCCUCAUCCUCUUCAGAUACUCAGAGUUCUGAUUCCAAAGAAGCCUUUGAACCAGACUAUCAAACACCUGAAACCACACCUGAAAUCACACCUGAAACCACACCUGAUAGUACACCUGAAAUCACAUUUGAAACUUCUGAAGAAGAGCAAUCUGAUGAGAUAGAUUCUUCUGAUCUUUCAGAAGAAAAUUAUGCUAAUAUUACUAGCAUACUAAUGGCCAGAACUGCAGAAUCCAGAGUUGAGUCGUACUAUGAUUCCCCUGAAUCUGAAACAGGUGAGUCUACUAGCAGAAAUCAAACUAAGAAAACUGCAGCAGGACCGUGGUUUACACUUGAUGAUAUUUCUCCAAACCUAUAG